GUCUAUGGCGAGGCGGCGGCGGGGCGGCCGGGGCCGCGGCGAUGGCGCCCUUCCCCGAGGAGGUGGACGUGUUCACGGCGCCGCACUGGCGCAUGAAGCAGCUGGUGGGGCGCUACUGCGACAAGCUUUCGAAAACGAACUUUUCCAACAACAAUGACUUCCGUGCUCUUCUGCAGUCUCUGUAUGCUACUUUUAAGGAGUUCAAAAUGCACGAGCAGAUUGAAAAUGAAUACAUCAUUGGCUUGCUUCAGCAACGCAGCCAAACCAUUUAUAAUGUGCAUUCUGACAACAAGCUCUCCGAGAUGCUUAGCCUCUUUGAAAAGGGACUGAAGAAUGUUAAGAAUGAAUAUGAGCAGUUAAAUUAUGCAAAACAGCUAAAAGAGAGACUGGAGGCGUUUACGAGAGAUUUUCUUCCUCACAUGAAAGAGGAAGAGGAGGUUUUUCAGCCCAUGUUAAUGGAAUAUUUCACCUAUGAAGAGCUGAAGGAUAUUAAAAAGAAAGUGAUUGCACAGCACUGCUCCCAGAAGGACACGGCGGAACUCCUUCGAGGCCUCAGCCUGUGGAACCAAGCUGAGGAGCGGCAGAAAUUUUUUAAAUACUCUGUGGAUGAGAAGUCAGAUAAAGAGGCAGAAGUGACGGAACAAUCCACCGGUAUAACCCAUCUUCCUCCUGAGGUAAUGCUGUCAAUUUUCAGUUAUCUUAAUCCUCAAGAAUUAUGUCGAUGCAGUCAAGUAAGCACUAAAUGGUCUCAACUGGCAAAAACUGGAUCACUCUGGAAACAUCUCUACCCUGUUCUUUGGGCCAGAGGUGACUGGUACAGUGGUCCUGCAGCUGAGCUCGAUACUGAACCUGAUGAGGAAUGGGUGAAAAAUAGGAAAGAUGAAAGUCGUGCUUUUCAGGAGUGGGAUGAAGAUGCUGAUAUCGAUGAAUCUGAAGAGUCUGCAGAGGAAUCAAUUGCUAUCAACAUUGCACAAAUGGAAAAACGUUUACUCCAUGGCUUAAUUCAUAACGUUCUACCAUAUGUUGGUACUUCUGUGAAAACUUUAGUAUUAGCCUACAGCUCUGCAGUUUCCAGCAAAAUGGUUAGACAGAUAUUAGAGCUAUGUCCUAAUUUGGAACAUCUGGAUCUUACCCAGACUGACAUUUCAGAUUCUGCAUUUGACAGUUGGUCCUGGCUUGGUUGCUGCCAAACUCUUCGGCAUCUUGAUCUCUCUGGAUGUGAAAAAAUCACAGAUGUGGCUCUUGAGAAGAUUUCCAGAGCACUUGGAAUUCUCACAAAUCGUCAGAAUGGCCUUUUGGAAAUGGCCGCAAGCGAAGUUACCUCGGACCCGUGGAAAGAUCAAGACAUUCCUCUGCAGUCCACCAAACCUUACGCUUGUUUGCCCGAUUUGACUGACAAGGGCUUUGGAGGAGAAAUCGACAACGAACACCCCUGGACUAAGCCUGCUGCUUCGGAAAACUUCACUUCUCCUUACGUGUGGAUGCUGGAUGCUGAAGAUUUGGCUGACAUUGAGGAUGCUGUGGAGUGGAGACACAGGAAUGUGGAGAGUCUGUGUGUGCUGGAAACGGCACCCAGCCUCAGCUGUUCCUCCUCCUGUUGUGACAGCAGGGACAUUGCUGGACUAAGGACUAGUGUCUGCUGGCAGCAGCAGUGCGCCGCCCCGGCGUUUGCCUACUGUGGUCACUCCUGCUGUUGCACAGGGACAGCGCUGAGAGCUGUGGCCUCACUCCCAGAGUCCUCUGCUCUACGCAGGAAAGUGCCAAGGACUCGACCGCCUCAGGAGAAAGACUUCAUUCACUCUGGGGGCUCUGGGAGUGCACAGUCGGAGCAAGAGACUGGACGCGUGCUUCUUUUUCUCAGCCUCUCUGGAUGUUACCAGAUCACAGACCAUGGUCUCAGGGUUUUGACUCUGAGAGGAGGGCUGCCUUAUUUGGAGCACCUUAAUCUCUCCGGUUGUCUUACUGUAACUGGCGCCGGCCUACAGGAUUUGGUUUCAGCAUGUCCUUCUCUAAAUGAUGAAUAUUUCUACUACUGUGACAACAUUAACGGUCCUCACGCCGACACAGCCAGUGGAUGCCAGAAUUUGCAGUGUGGUUUUCGAGCCUGCUGCCGCUCUGGCGAAUGACUCUUGACUUCUACUACUACUACUACUACAAAGUAGACCUUCGUCUACUUCAUUUAGCUGAGCAGGCUUCCUUUCAUGCACUUUACUUACAGCACAGGUCUUCUGUUAACCAUCCCUUUUUGAUUGUGACUUGUUUUGGCCCCAACUCUCGCAACCCCCCAAAUCUUCAUUUUUGCCAGUGAAUUCUACAGUGUUGUCUUUUCUUGCAAAUCAUAUUUUUGUUUGAGAAAGGGAAUAGUUCUUCUUUUCACAAAGGUUGAGAGUUAAGAGCAGUCUCACUAUGUUUCUUUGAAAUUGAAUUGUGAAAGAGUGUCACUAUGGGGCUGGAGUGAUAGCACAGCGGGUAGGGCUUUUGCCUUGCACGCGGCCAACCCGGGUUUGAUUCCCAGGAACCCAUAUGGUCCCCCAGCACCACCAGGAGUGAUUCCUGAGUACAGAGCCAGGAGUUACCCCUGUGCAUCGCUGGGUACAACCGAAAAAGCAAAACAAACAAACAAAAAAAAAAAGAAUGUCACUAAUACUGUGCUACUUAACGUACUUUGAAGGUUAUCUUGGUUUUUAAAAUUAACGGGGUUAUUGGUUCUCUUUAUAGAACACUCUUACCAGCUUUGCAGACCUUUUCAGACAUAACAUUUUUAAAGUCUUAUUUUAAAGAGUUGCACAUUUUGGAAACCAGUCUUUUUUUUCCCCCAUGUUUCCUUUAACAAAUCUGAGGGCCAAUUCAGACAUACCCAUCGAAGAUUCUCUUAAGAUUCCAGAAUAAAUUGGCUUCCUGGUGUGAGCUCAGUGAGCUCCGACGCACCGUGUAUUUGUCUUUGCUUCUUCAGAGAUUCCCUGCUUCCCUCUACUGUCCCUAAAUUGUCAAAUUUGGGGGGCAGGGCUUUAAAAAAAUUCACAAUCAUUUGAAGAAAUGUAUAAAUAAAAUCUACUUUGAGGACUUUA